AUGGUUUGUUCCUAAAAGACUGACAUUACAAUCAACACAACGUGCAUGUAUAACGGUAAAUGGAGCAACGCUGACGUGUACGAUGCGAGUGUAUGUGCGUGCAUACGUGUAUGUCUCUCUCUCUCUAUCUUCUAUUUGAUUAGCCCAGUGCGGUGUGCUGCGGUUGAAGCACCACCACUGUUUGAAUGUACGUGCAUGUGCCUAGCUCAUUCGAUGCAUAUGUUUUUCACUUGACGUUUGAUCAAUGAGCAAUGUAGUAAUUAGUCUUGAAUUCGUACGAUUAAGUAACGCACAACACAUUUCUUCUGGUCUCUCUCGUUUUGCACAUACACAUUUUUUUACACCAGCCUUCGUACACAGUUGUUGUUUUCUUUCUCCGAAUGUACGAAAAGUGAAAUUGAGUGGUGUGAACAAUUUGGUUGAUGCAGACUUGUGUGGGACAUUCAGUUGGAAAGCCAAAACAAUCAAAUCUCUGUUGAAACAAAUUUCCAAUACGAUAGACAAGAUAGGAGCGCAAAAAAAAAUCCAUUUGCAUUCAUUCAGCAUAGUAAUAACAUGCGUUCAUGUGCAUGUUAAUUCAUGAAUUUGAAUGAAACUUGGUCGUUUGAAGUGUAGCCAAGAGAGUGCGAGAGCGAGAAAAGUUGAAUUGAAAUAAAACCCAACAGUUUCGCGUUUAUUUUAACAAAAUGGGCAGUGAUACGUUGAAUGUGCUAAAUUGGACCGAAAACGAUGUCGCACAGUAUUUAAAACGAGAGCAAAUUAGUGACACAAAAUUUUUGCAAUGUAUACACGACGAACGUGUUGACGGCAAAAGUUUGUUAGCGCUAAGCGAACGAGAUAUUCGUGAUUUAAAAUUGAAAUACUCGAAUUUGCGAUUGGGCGAUCUUAAGCAUUUUUGGAUUGCUGUGCGACAACUACAGAAAGAGAAUCAAACGAAUUUAGUGAAUUUAGGAUUAGUUGAACCGACACCACCGCCACCGCCAGCAUUUGGUGGAUAUGUGAGUCAACAUCAGCAGCAACCCCAUAGUCAUGGCCAUCAUCACCAUCAUCAUUUCUCAUGUUGUUCGGAUAUCAGCGGUUUCCAUGACAUGGAACGAAUAUCACCGCCGCUAUCCAUCGACGGACGUGCCACCAGUAUUAAACCAGAAAUAUUUAAAACUAUGAUUAGUUUAGGUUAUGCAUUUUUGGUGACAUGGAUAACAGCAUUUGUGAUGGUGGUUGUACACGAGCGUGUACCAGAUAUGAAGCGUUAUCCCCCAUUGCCGGAUAUUUUCUUGGAUAAUGUGCCGCAUAUCCCAUGGGCAUUUCAUAUGUGCGAAAUAACGGGAACAUCGUUGUUCUUCAUUUGGACGUGCGUUUUGAUCGUGCACAAGCAUCGUUUCGUGCUAUUGCGUCGUUUCUUUGCAUUGAGCGGAACGGUGUUUUUGUUGCGAUGCGUUACAAUGUUGAUAACGUCAUUGAGCGUGCCAGGAACACAUUUGCAAUGCCGACCCGAUGACUAUGUUGUCGACGAUUCCAAUUUGCCGAUUGGUGAGUCGAUACUUUUGCGCGUAUCACGAGCGUAUACAAUUUGGAGUGGACUUGGCAUGUCAAUACAGGGUGUUCGCACAUGUGGUGAUUAUAUGUUUAGCGGUCACACCGUUGCACUAACCAUAUUAAACUUCUUCAUUACAGAAUAUACACCGCGUCAUCUGUACUUUUUGCAUACGAUGACCUGGCUACUCAAUAUGUUUGGUAUAUUCUUCAUUUUGGCCGCACAUGAGCAUUACUCCAUUGAUGUGUUUGUUGCAUUUUAUAUCACCUCAAGAUUGUUCUUAUACUAUCACACACUGGCUAAUAAUCAGGCAUUAACAUCACAUGAUUCAACACGCACACGAAUAUGGUUUCCAAUGUUUAGCUAUUUUGAAAGCUCCGUUGAUGGCAUUAUACCGAAUGAGUACAGUUCAUUGGAGGAUAUAUGCUCGGAUCUCUAUGGCUGCAUUGGCAGUGCACGUGAUAAUUGCAUGUUAACAGCGCGCCGAUUUUGGCUGGUCAAUCAACAGAUCGUAUCACCGGAAUUUUCCAAGAAGAUUUUCCAGUUCACCACCUUCAGCAAAGAUGAAUCGUCCGAAUUGGUGGCAAACAGUAAUAGUUCAGCACAAACGCAAUCCAAUACGACACCGGCCGAGAAUGGUAGCAAUGAUGUGAAAUCAAACAACGAUUCCGCUUCCAACAAUCUCAACAACACAAACAUUAAAUCGCAACAGACCAAAAAACAUGUUUAACUUUCACGCUAUUUUGCGACACAUACAUUUUUUUUAUCGUUGAAAUAAGUAGCAUAACUGAAGAACAAACAAGAAAAAUAUCUAUACAAAAACAACCAACAAAACAAACAAACAAACAAAUGGCUAUGAUGUAUGGUUAUACAUAUAUGGAGAGACACAAAACUUCAUAGAUAUUUUUACAUUUACACAAAUAAAAAAUAAAACAAUACUAUUUCUUAUCUAUGAACUUAAGAACUCUAUGAAAACGUUGUCGAUUUAAGAACAAAGAGAUACAAUUUAUAAGGAUGCAAGAAACACAUGCAAACCAAAAUUAACCCGAUAAUUGUCGAAAAUCACAUUCCAAUGCACAAUAGGAAAUAAAAUACCAAACGGUGAUUUGCGAAAGUAAGAGACAGAUUUGUGAUCCAAGUGAUCGAGAACAAAGGAAAAGAAAUGGCGACAUUCAAUCGAUUGAUUAGCUUUUGUAAAUUCACUUGAUUUUGACACAUUUUCAUUGAAUUUAGCAUGAAACUUCGAAUGAGUUUAGGAUUUUAUUUUCGAAUUUUGUCCUUCAUUUUAAUGCAACAAAUUUUGAUAAUGAAAACGAACAAACAAAUCGAAAAAUAAAAGGAAUUCCCCGCAAAAUGCAUUAGUCAAGAGAUUUAGGUAGAUAAUUUCCAAAAGAGAAUAACAACAACAAGAGAAAUGAAAAAAAAAGAAUAACAACCAUUUAACAUUUAUUUGCCUUUUCGUCUACAAUUCCAUAUUAAUUUAUGUUAGUUUUUACGUAUGUUAAUGUUUUUUUUCUCUCGCAUUCGCGCCGGAUAUUUGUGUGUCUUCCGCGAUUGAAAUCAGACCUCCCUGCAAACGUAUUGUGUGAAAUAAUUUAUUAAAAACAAAAGAAAAAAAAUCAACACCUUAAAGUACUAUGUGGACAUAGCUCCUCGAUCGUUCAAAUGAACUUGAUGUGCGAUUCAGAAUGCUUUGUUUCGUUUUUUUAAUGUUGAAAAAAAAUGUAUUCAAUUGAAUACAAAUGCCUUUAGAAAAAUUUGGCUUUAGAUUAUUCAAAAUUAUUAAACAAAUUCGCUUACCUCGAAAUAUGCGCGUUAAAAACAAUUCUUAUAAAGAAAUUGAAGAAAAUGUGAACAAAACGUUAUUUAUUUAGAUGAAAUAAAAAUUAAUUUAUAAUUUUCAAUCGUUAUUUUGGCUGAAUAAAAAAGGACCAAGGAACAUA